AUGGAAAUAUUGCAUAAGUUUAAACAGAAUGGAUAUUUUAGUGCGGAACUUUAUCAUUUACUGGCUAACAAAAACCUGUUGGCAACUUCGGAAGAGAUAAUUCCUUCACAGUAUGAGAAGGAAAUGCGCAUGAACACUAUGGAACGAUUAAAAAAUUUGCAUAAUUUGGUAGUUGAUAAUAUUGUUAGUCGUGGCGAGAAAUCUAAUAAUGUUGUGCUCUCCUUUACACCAAGAAUAAUCGUAUUCCAAAACUUUAAACCAAACGACAAGAUCGUCGCAAAGUUUUCUGUCAAAAAUAUAAGUAAGGCUCCGACGUUCCUCAACAUGGUGUUUAAAGAAUCUUCAUAUUUUUUUAUCAAACCUUGUGGUGGACAACUUCUGUCGCGUCUUGCACCCGGCAUCAGUGUAACUUUUGCGAUCACUUUUAUGCCGGUUCAGUAUGAGGAUUACACCCAUAGAGUCACUUUCUAUACUGACCUAGAUCAGUAUAUCUUGCCAUUGAUAGCUAUGGGGCCUAGACCUAUAUUCGAUUUUCCUGAUGAAAUAUAUGUACCAAAAGUGCCGCUUAAAAUAGAAAAUUUUGUUUAUAUGACUGUACAUAAUAUUGGUGCGGUCCCUGCAGGUUUCACGCUUAGCACUAAAUGUCCGUUUUCAGUACAACCUAAGUCUGCUUAUUUAAAUCCUGACCAGAAGAUUGAUAUUAGAAUUAGUUUCAAAACGAUGAAUCUUGGAAAUAUAAAAGGACUUUUAAAUGCUAUGUUUGAAACAGGAGAGAAUUUCAGAAUAAAUUUAUAUGGAACAACACAUAUAGUCUCAGUCGAGCUAGAGAAACAAGUUGUUAGAUUUCUUGACACUUACAAUACGAUGGCGCGCCAACAAAUCUUUAAGAUCAUUAACAAAUCAAAUCAUGUACUUACUUACAUGUGCAUGAAGAAUGAAUGUGUAUACUAUGAUUUUGAAGAAAAGGUAAAAUUAGCCACGAUUUUUAACAACGUGAAAGAUAGUGAAUCUGCAAAAUCUACGAAAUUAGUUCAAUAUGAUGUUCUAAAUAGCGAAGAACAUGAAAGAGUGUACACAAGAAUAUUUUUCGAUGAAAUACAGGCGCUAGUUGCAGACGAAACCUUAUGUUUUCAGAAUACCCACUUUUCUAUUACACCGAUUAAAGGCAAGCUUUGGCCAAAUAAAGCUACAGAAAUAACUAUAAUAUUUUCACCUAAACAAAUAGGUGAAUUUCAGUCGACGGCGUAUUUAGACAUUGAUGGAGUUUUAGAUCGUGUGCCACUACAGAUGGUUGGCACUUCACUGCCACCAACUAUACACCUCAAUUUGGAGACACUGGAUAUGGAUUGCGUGUAUAUCAAUAAAAAAUAUAACUAUGAAAUAGUUGCUAUUAAUAAAGGUCACAUAAAUGGUGUUAUAGUGUACAAAGAAGUACCUGUAUUAUUUGGUAGCCACAUAAAAUGUACACCCGAGCUACACUGUUUACGUCCAGGAGAUAAGGAAAUAUUCGUGAUCACUUUUAGCAAUUCUAACCAAGGACCAUAUUUUGAAGAAAUCAAUUUCGCAAUUCGUGAUACCGAUAUUGUAUUAAAAGUAUAUUUAAAGGGUGAAGUUAUAUAUCCCUCAUUGAAGUUCAGCGUACCAUGUUUAGAUUUUGGAAUGAUUAGUGUAGGGGUACCUAGAACUCUAGAAGUGGAUGUAAUUAAUGAGUCGAUAGUUCAUGUCAGUGGAUCUGUAAAAAUGUCUUCCGACGGUCCAGAAAUAAGUAGUAUCACACUUGAGGAUUAUGCUGUCACUGAUAAAUCUAAACCAAACAUUCCACAAUGGCCUAAGGAGUUUAAUAUUGAACCUUGCAAGAUAGAUUUGGAACCACAAUCAAGAAUAUUUCUAAAGGUGACGUUGACUGCUAAUUUGAUUAGAGCGAAUCAAACAUCCCUUGAAUUAGAAUUGGAGAAGUCUGAUAGUCCACCAAUAAUGUUGCCCGUGUUAUUCAAUGCAAUGGUUCCUGAAAUAACUCCAGCCCCUGAGAUUUAUUUACGUGCAUGUUUCUUAGAUUAUCCAUAUAAAAAUGAAAUUUCGAUCACAGCUAAUGAGUUUUGGGGAUAUUUCAUAUUAGAAGAACCCGAGGAAGAAUCGACUUUAGAAGUGGACGUGAGUCUUAAAGAAGGUUUAAUAAAACCAAAUACUACAAUACGUCUACCUGUAAUUGUAAAAACGAGCGUACUCGGUAUUCAGGAAUAUAAAAUUCGGAUGCGUCUUUUUGGCAUGACUAAAUCUAUAGAAGUAUGUCAUAUUACCGGGUGUGGUGUACGGCCCAUUGUAACAUGUACACCAAUAGCACUGCAUUGGGGUCAAGUGAAAUUAUUAACCAGAUCUCAGAAAAUAUUAACGUUAUGCAAUGACUCCCCAGUUUAUGUAAAUUUCAAAGCUUCACUGCUAAACAAGGAUGAAAGGUGGCACAUUAAACCAUCUGAAGGCCAUGUGGAGCCCGAGUCUGAGACUAACUUGGUCCUCACUUUGUAUUUAUUAGAUGCUGAUACUUACACGAAUAAAGUGGUAUUACAAAUAGAGAAAGUAAAAGAUAUUUUAGUGCCAUUGUCUGCAACUGGUAUUGGAACUAGUAUACUAGUUGGUGAUUUACGUGAUCGGAUAUUUCUUGGGAGACAUUUUACUAAAAUCCCUCUGAAUUGCAAAGUGGUUAUCGAAAAUUGUGGAACUCGUAUGCAUGCUUUGGAGUGGAACGAACAUUAUAAAGCUCCUAAGACAAAACAAUAUACAACCGGAUUCUUCAGUUUGGAUCCCAAAGUUUUAAAAAUAGCUGCAGGAGAAAAGCUGGAGUUAACUAUCACUGGUUUAUCUCACAAAGUGACAACUAUUAAAGAAAUGUGGUAUUUAGUUGGAAGCGUGGAAGGCAUUAAUAAGAAAGAGCUAUUGUUGGAGUGUCAGGUCGUUGCGGAAUUUGUUGAUCCUAAAAUAGAAAUAUCGUCUUCAAUCUUAGAUUUCCAGUACAAUUACGGCCCAUAUAGUGAAUAUUAUAAAUUAACAGAUAUCGUAACAAUAAAGAAUAUUUCCAAGUUGCCAUUACAUAUAGAUAUAAGCGUAAAACCACCAUUUGCUAUAAUUCAAAAACAAGAUACUUAUAAGAUAUCGCCGGAGGAAGAAAAUGUAUGUUGCUGUAUACGCUACAACGAAUGCGAUUUGAAUGUAACAAAUAUUUGUAAUGAAAUUGGUCCACACCAAUCGAGCAUGUUUAUAGAUUAUUUAACAUUAAAGCCAGUAGAACCUUCACGUAGAGAACCGCUAAAUUUUUUUGAAGAUAUUAAUAAAAUUAAAAUGGCCUUCAACCUUACGCACAUAGUAGAAGAACGUUUAGAAGACCAGGAAGUAAUGAAAGUACAGAUACUCUUUGAUACUACAAAACAUUCGUCUUUGAAAUCAAAAGUAUAUUGCGAUUUAAUGAGGAUUAAGUUUAGGGAACAUAAAAAUAAAGAUGCUAUAAAACUUAUUGGGAGAAUAAAUUUUCCUAAUAUAUUUGUUUUAUCGCCAAGAGUAGACUUUCAGUGUAUUUUGAACGGAAGUCUCGAGAGUAAGACCAUAAAAAUACAAAAUAUGACGCCACUUUAUGUAUGUUAUAGAUUUCAGUGGAAAAAAUACUCUAUUGCACUAACGUCAGCGCCCGAGCUACACAAAAUAAAAUAUAGCAGUAAUGUUGAGGAAAUUAAAUAUAUAAGUGAUGAUUUAGAGCCAAGUGUGGGCGAUUUACACGGAAUAUUGGCUUGUCGUACAUUAGCGACAUCAGGUGUAGAUAAAGCAGUAGAAGAUGAUGUUCUAGCCAGGGAAUUAGCGUCGCCUGUAUCUGAUCUUACUGGUGUUGAAUCCCCUAUUUUAGAAGAUUAUGAUUUAUACUAUGAUAUUAAAAGAACAAAAAUUAUCAAGAAAAUAACACCUAUGAUAAAAACCGAUUAUGAGCCCGAGUUCGACUGGAUAUAUAAAUUUAGCAAAAGUACUAUGCGUAACAAAAUAAACAUAAACGAUGUGUUACAAUUAACUCCUCAUCGUGGUUUAUUAAAGCCGAAUGAAAUCCAAUAUAUACAUGUCAUAUUUAGACCAAAGCCGAACAUUAACAUUCGAGCUACUCUAGAAUGUGAUGUAUUAGGAGGUCCGCCAGAAACAAUCAUCGUGACCGGGAAAAGUUCUGAUUUAAUAUAUAAAAUUAACACACAAAAGAUUAAUUUCAAAAUAAGAUCUUUCCAUGAAUUAGCUUCGGAACAAUUAAUUAUAACGAAUAUUGCACAACUGCCAUUUCAGUAUAAAACUUAUUUAAAUGAACCGAAGUUGGAGAAUGAGCUUCAAGGUACUAUAACAGAUUUAAUACCAUCAGAAAAAUAUUUAGAGGCCGAAGAAGAAACAGAGAUGAAAAUCGUAUUAAGACCUGGUAUAGUCGGAUAUUUUAAUAGUAUAUUUUUGUUAGAGAUAGGCCAUCUGCCUCAUAUUCCGAUUGAAGUGUUUGGUUGGGGUGUAAUUCCUCAAAUAUAUAUAUGUCUUCACCGACCCGAAAUUCUAAAUCCAGAAUACGGUUAUCUAGCAAUCCCAGUUUUAACAACAGAAUAUUUAUCAGCAGUCAGUGAAUUUUUUAUGAAGGGCUUAUCGGAACAUUUAAAUUCGCCACAGACAGACAAAUGUUUUGACGAUCCUGACUUCCAUCGAGAUUGGCAUAUAUGUUCAUCUUUGGACGGGUAUCCAACAGUAAUGGAUAUAGAAUUGGCAAUUGAGAGAAUGUUAGUAAUAAAUCACAUAAAAUUAAGGCCUGAAUUAUUAACUGCACAUUUUAUAAGUUCCACAGUGGGUCCCAUACCAGGAUUUUAUACUAUACCAUAUGUUAUUGAUUACGGUGUGGUUAUUACCGGAAGCACGGUGCAGUGUAUAUCUGAAAUAAUAAAUUACGGACCGAUCGCUACGAAAUUACAUUUUGCUAAAGGCACUCAAAUUCCUAUAUGGUUGAGUGUAAAACUGUGUGGAAAACUAAAUCCAGGCGAAACUGGAAAAUUGGAUGUUGUAUUUGCUCCGACUUCUAAUGAUUUUACGCAGUUGGAGCAAAAUGUAGAAACAUGCUUUAGUUUGGAGGUACCAUAUGGCGUAACAAUACCAAUUCGAAUUAAAGCUCUUUGUACUGUACCGUACUUGAUGUCUAACGUGUCUAUCGUUAAUUUCGGCUCAGUGAGAUGUGGUGAUAAAAUAAUUUGCUCAAUACCGCUUAAAAACGUAGGAAAACCGACGUGUGUUUGGUAUGUAACGCUACGAUUAAAAGCAUCUGGGGACAACCCGAUGACGGUGUUAGAUAGUUCUGGAAAGUACGAACCCGGAGAAGGGGGUUGGCUAAGUAUUGCUUUUAAACCAACUAUGGAAAUGACAUACGAAGGCCUUUUAAUAUUUAGAUUUCAUAUGAAUCCAAACAGAAUGACUAUACCCGUAAUUGGACACGGUAUUUUGCCCCACGUACAUGUCAUUGGAUCAAAUUUAAACUUUUUGCCUACAUUGCCUUGGGCGGAAACUACUGACAUUUACUUUGGUCUGACAAAUCCAUGUCCGUUUCCAAUUGAACUAAUAAUUGCUCACAGCGACGAGAAAUGGAAAGAAGAAGACGAGAUAUAUCAAUUAUUAUAUAAAUAUUAUAAUAAACCAGAUGAAAUGUUAGUUCCCGCUGUUCGACCUGGUGUUGGACUACCAAAUGAAAUCAUGAGUUUCUAUAGAAAAUUUACAGAGUGUGUUAAAAAGGCUAUGGACGAAGAGUUAGCGGCCAUGAAAUCAAUAAACGCACGAUCUGCUGUCUCUGCUAAAAAGACGAAAAGCCCUAAAAAUCUUCCAAAGUCUACUAUAUCAAAUUCACCUAAAAAAUUCCGUACAGAAGCAGAAAUAAUUUCAGAUCAAAUAAAAAUUUUGAAAGAAAAUCAAACAGAUCCUUUGAAAGAAUGUUUACAUAUAUUUGACCAUAUAUCAACGGACUCGAAUACUGAUAAACAUUUAAAAGGACUUCUUGUAUUUGUACAUGGAUCUCCUUGUGAAGAAUUACAAUGCCAAGAAAUUGCUUAUUCGAUUGGAAAAAAACUAGGAAUACCUGUAGUUAAUAUUGAUUUGUGUAUUGUGGAGGCACUGUGUGUAAGCAACAGUCCGGCUAAAAUAAUAAUAUUAAGUACUAUUAAUGACAUGUAUGAAAUAUCGAGAAGACUAGUAAAUAAAGCAGAUUCUGACGAAAAUGAGAACGAUAAUGAGGAAAUUGUUGGAGAUACUGAAGAUGAAUUUGAUAUUAUUCUAAAGAAAAUUGAGUACUUGGCCAACUGUAAGAAUGUUGGGACACCACGCUCGAAAGUUAGUGAGAAGAAAAAGAAGAGGUCCCCUAAUUCGUCAAUUAAUUCACAUAGUGCCAUAGCAGCAAUUAGAUCUUCAACGAUGUUUCAAAUGGACUUGAUUCAAGAGCUGCUUACAGAUUACUUCAGUCAUGUUAAAUUUAAUCGUGGCUUCAUCGUAGAUUCAUUGUCAAGUAUCGUUCUAAAGAAUCCUUCUUUAACAUUGACUACAAUACUCAAAAUUAAACACAAUAUUUGGAACAUUCAUCUUAUUCUGUGUCAUUCGGAUUUUUAUAAAUGGGCUCAAAGUUUUGAAGAAACUCAACGAGAAAAUGAUUUGACAGACAAAAACAUUUUAAAAGUAUAUAAUGAAACUGAAAUAGAACAAAUAGUAGAGACAUUAGAAAAUAUGGAUGACGAAGAAUAUGAAAAUUCAUCAGUAGAAUUAAAGUCUAUUUACAUAUCCUAUGGUUUAGAAAUGAGACGAAAGAAACAUUAUGAAAAGAAAGGGUAUCCAAGUGAAACAAUAAAGAAAGAGAGAACUAAAGAUCGUAGUAAGUCGUUGUUAACCGUCGAUACAUCAGAGUCGAAGAAAAAAAUUAAAAAGGACGAUCUCAAAGCAAAGCCCACAAGUGAAUAUUUGAUAAUGAAUACAAAAUAUAACGAGUAUACUAAAAAUACGUUCGAAAGUCUCAUAAAUAUUGCCAAUAAUUGGAUUGUCGAAGAAUGUGAUAUUGGUACGCCUUUGUACGGGUUCAAUGGUCAGGUGGUUGGAACAACUCAAAAGAAAGCAAAGAAAAAAUCUGAUGUACAAAUUCAGAUUUCAGAUGUUAGUUUUACUGAGCGUGGUUUCCCUCUUAUAUUGAUAAUGUGCCCUUGUCAGAAUUAUAAAAGGGCUUUGGUGAAUAUGCUUGGUAAUUCUCCAGUGGUACAGGAAGCAUUAAAAAAGGAUGAACAGUAUGAUAUCCUGAAACGUCCAGUUAAUAGGAAAGAAUUUACAGUAUUAUUGCCUAAAACUUUUCCUAACAUACAGCACGAAGAGUCUUUGAAAUGGUGUUUUCUGGAUGAAUUACCGAUUAAGAAAUGCGAAUGCAAUCAACUCACUGAUUUAAAUUUAUUAGAUGAUUCGACACAGGAUAAUGUUUUAAAUAUUUUAUCUAAGUGGCAUUGUACCUGUGGUAAGAAGGUAGCUUCUUCUCAAACCUCAACAAGCGAAAUUCUAUCAACAUCCUUAGAAAAAAUAACUGAGGAAGAUAGUGAAACUAAAAUGUCCUGUCGUUUACCCUUACGGAGUGUGAAAUCAAUGGCAGCGACUAGCGGCCGUUUGGUGUUGCAACCUGGUGAUCUGGUACGAUGUAAAUAUUCGUUCAGUCCACAAAUGGAAGGAAAUUUUAGUGUGAAGCGGUUUGUGGAAGUUAGUGGAUGGCCCGAAUCAAGAGUUGAUAUUAAUGUUAUGGGUAUUUGUGACUUACCAAGGUUGGACAGUCGUCCGAAAAAAAUGUUUGAGAAUUUCAUAAGGCGAACGAUAGAAGAUAACUUUUACAAAAUUACCUAUUUGGACGAUCAGAAGUUAUUUGAAUUUGGACCAAUAUUUGUUGGCGCCAACAGGAUAUAUGAAGAGAAGUAUACAAUUAAUCUAAAAAAUUCUUCACUAAUAACUACUAAUGUUGAGAUAGAAUUUUUAGAAGAUACAAGUGUUUUUCAGAUCGACAAAACAUUUAUAAAAUUAGAGCCUGGUUGUCGAGGAAAAUUAACAAUAUCGGCUGCUCCGGCUGAUGUGGGUGUUCAUAAUAGUGUACUAUUAUUUUGUAUCAAAGACAACCCCGAGCUUAUCACGAUUAAUAUUGCAUGCAGUGGAGUUUUGCCAGUCGUGGAAAUAUUACCACUCACAAAAACAAUCGACUAUGGAAAGUUACUUCUUUAUCGUCGAGAAGAUGACAGAUUCAUAGUAAAAAAUGAUUCUAUUUUGCCUAUAAUGUGGAAAAUACGAAAUGCCCAAGACUUUAUGGAAGAUUUUAUUAUUUCUCAGACAUCUGGCAUUGUAUCGAGACAUGACAAUCAAGUUGUUCCUGUAACAUACAUUGCUUGUAGAGUUGGUGUCACACAGAAUAAAAUGUUAAUUGAUAUAUAUGAUGCGGAAGGUCGUGGCGACCCUAUGCUUGUAGACACUUUGCUGCUGUCAGCUGAAUGUUACGAUGUUAUGGUUGAAUGUGCAUUCGAAAACCCAAACGAGAACUUCCUUAACUAUGGAAACGUCAAAGUCAAUUCUACAGUUAUUCGGGAAAUGUACUUUUUAAAUCGUGGCAAAUAUAAUAUAUACUACAGAUUGAAAAAAGUGAAGAAUUUCCCGGAGCCAUCUUUGCUACGAACAUUUGAAGUAACUUCUGAAUGUGGAAUUAUUCCCUCAACUUUGAAGUUAGUAGCAAUUAAAUUCGAAUGUACCCCGACGACGUCAAUGAAUUUAAUAAAUGUUCCUGCCUACAUUUGCUCUUUACUUGAUGGCAGCAAAGAUCAAGUGGUCGUUGCCAAGUUCCCCGUUUGUGUCACUAUUGCAUCUUUUUAUAAUACAUUUACACUAUUUCCCUUAGGAGAAUUAAAUUUUCAUAUAAUACCAGUUGGCAGUGGAGUUACAAGAGAUGUUAUAUUAAAUAAUACAAGUAAAUGUCCUGUGACUUAUGAAAUUGUGUUACCGCCUGAAUACCAGCUGAACCCAGAUGCUCCUUUUUUGAAUCAAAAAAUGAAAGAUAAUAAAAUAAAAAAUCCGCCUUUAAGAUGUGGUAACUUUUUGAUAAUGAACGAUGACAACCUCCUCGCUCCUGGGACUAGCCGAACGUUACAAAUACAGUUUUUGGCAACAGCGGCUAGGAAAUUCGAAGAAACGAUUAAUUUUAUAAUAAGUGAUACGUGUCCUGCGGAAGCGCAAGGCGUGCCUCUCAAGCUGGUUGGCACGGGAGCAAUGCCGACAUUGGACCUCUGGAAUUUGGAGACCACUUUUAGAGAACAUCUUAUUGUAAAAAAUUUAAAUGAUUACAAAGUUCCAGAGUCUUCUCCUCAUUGCGUAUUUGUGGAAGAUUCAGUCACGUUACACUUUUUUUGUGUGAACGUGAACUCCAGUUAUACAGCAGCUAUCGAUCUUUACAAUAAUGGACUCGUAGCUUGUGCACUUACCAUGAAACUGCAUUAUCAAUCCAACACUAAUCAAACUAAUUUUUAUUUAGAUAAAUACAAUACAUAUAUUGAGCCUCUACUUCACAAGAAUUUAGAUAUAAUAUUCAGUCCAAAAGCACUACAGGAAUAUCGGGCGAUUCUAGAAAUAAAAUUAAAAUUAUUAGACAAUCAAGAACAAUCAUUUAAAAUUUGCCUAAUAGGCGAAGGGGUAAUUCCCCGAAUAUGCAUGGUGUCUCCUCCGAUACGCCAGCAUCGAAUAUCUUUAUUGAAAUUUCCGGUCACUUGUUUGGGAUCAUCUAGUAACAAUGUCAUUCGUUUUAAAAAUAUAAGUUCAGUAAAAAGUAUAGUGAAGGCUGAAAUAUCACAAUCGCCUUUUGAAAAUAGACCCGUGUUCUGUUUGACAUCAGCAAAUGUAUGCGAACGUGUGAUUUCUCCAGAUAAUUAUGAAACUUAUGGCACAACUAUAACAGUAAUUAUACACCCCAAUGAAAUAGCGUCACUGAAUGUUCACUACAGUCCUAUAAAGAAGGGCAGAACAAGUUGCGAUAUUAAACUUACCAUCAUUGAAAAUCCGUAUGAAUAUUUUACGGUUCUAUGUGAAGCUGAAGCGUUUAUGGAAGACGUUAUACUUAUGGGUCUUGACAUGCUUUCUAUGGAUAUAGAUCUAGAAGCUUAUCGAAAUGAUGUAGAUGGGACAGUUUCUACUAUUUCUACAAUGGAUAGUAGGAAGAAGAGUAAAAGUGCCCCACCAGAUAAAAAGAAAUCGCGAAAUAUUGCCGAAGCGAAGAAAAGUAAAAAGACAUCUGUUAGUUCAAUGAAGUACAGCGAUUCCUUUAGCGCAGAUCCAUCUGUCUUAAAAUAUAUUCUUGACUUCGGUGGAUGUGAAUUGUCUACAAUGCAGAAGAGAAACAUUAUCAUGGCUAAUAAUUCAGACAAAGUAUAUAAGUUUACAUGGGAAUACAUUGAACAUAUCUGUAUAAAACCAUCUGUCGGCUAUAUUUCACCGGGCGAAGAAAAAGAUUUAGAAAUUACAUUCUUUUCUAUACAACCAAUUAAUAUUAAAAAGGAAAUAUUUACUUGCUUAUUAACAGCGUUAAGCGAUGAUUCUUUAACGUUUGAUAUGAAAAGUGCAAGUUGGGAUAAUCGUCAAAUUGUUACAUUAUUUGAUCACAAUAGGGCGACGAGACUUAACGAAAGGAAUGAAACAGUUAUAGACGAACAAAAUGUCAAUAAUGCACAUAGCUCCCUUGGGACAAUACGUAUUAUAAUUAUAUAUUCAGCUAUAACAGAGUAUACUAAAUACACGUGUACAUUGAAAGAAGAAGUCAAUUUGAGAGACACUUUUAUUUAUCAGACUAGAGAUUUCAGUUUCAACGUUAAAAAUAUAGGCAAUGUACCGUUGAAAAUUGCAUGGGAUUUUCAUAUUGAUGACGAAUUUCCUAUGAGAAUUGACAAGUGCGCACCUAAGCAAGGACCGGAACGUAACACCAACCUUGAAGAAAAUCUGUCUAUUAACAAUGUGUUAUGCGCCGAUCAGAACAUACAGGAACACAAAGAAGAAAACGUGCCUAGUAAAGUCACGUUGUUCAGUGGAAGUUUGGGACGAGAAAGUGUUGAUACCUGGUUUGAGAUGGAUCUUCCUUUUCGAAUAGACCCUUCCAAAUGUCUUAAACCUAAUGAAAGUCGAAUUUUUAAAGUUACGUUUUCACCGCUUGAUGCGUUUGAUUACAAAGUUCGGUUAAAAAGUUCUAUAGAUAAUCUCGAUCCAUAUGACGCAAAUGCAACGUGUAAAAUUACGGCGAAAUCCUUAAUUCCGUAUUGUCACUUGGAUAUACCGGAGAGUGACUAUUUAACAUCUGGACAAAGAAAAGUGACUGGAGUAACAUUACCUCAACAUAUGACAGUAUUAGAAUUUAACGUUUUGGGUUCUGGAUGUUAUAAAAAAUCAUUCAAUGUUAUAAACCCUACCAGUGAAGCGUACGAGUUUAUAUUCGAGAUGGUGUUGUCAGAUAAACCUGAACUAAUACCCAUUCACUGUGAUACAUUAAAAGGUUAUGUAGAGGGUGGUACAUCGACUAUAGUGACAUUCACUUUCUCGCCAACAGCCCCCGGGGUUUACGAAUCUCAGUGGAAAUUCAUAAUUCCUAUUCACAACCUUCUUAUUAAUCUACUCGUUGUUGGUCUCGUUAGAGAACCAGAUGUGGUGUUUGUUCCAACUCUAUUAAUUAUGAGAAAUUCAUUAGUUGGUUUCACCACAAUACAUGAAAUAAAAUUAAAAAACAAUGAAAAUGAAUCUCUUAAGUUCGAAUUCAAAGGCAAUUCAUUAUGUAAUGAGUCUGGCAAAACACCAGUAAUUGUUGAUCCUGAGCAAGGUUUAUUAAAACCACGCUCUGAAACGCUAAUCAAAAUAAUUUACACGCCAAUACAAGAUGGGCCGCUAUCUUUUAAAAUGUUUUGCAGUAUUACUUACAUGACGAAAUUCUUAACGUUGUGUGUAAAUGCUCUUAGUUACCUGAUUAAGCCAAAAGUUACAUAUUAUCUCAUAGGGAAUGAACAUGUCCUAAACAGUGACGCCAUUACAAAUAUUUAUUUAGAUCAGACAGCAUCUACAUAUGAGCGAACGAUACCAUUCACUAUAAAGAACGACGGGUCCGCAACAUUUUUCUUUGAUUGGCAUUAUAAUAAUAACUCUGUUAAGAAAUAUCUGCAAAUAAGCGUGGAACCCAAGAGUGGUCACAUCACACCAGCAUCCGAUGUGGAAUGUGUACUAUCUUUUACUUUAAAACAAGUGCCGGUACAAGCUUUUCCAGUCACAUUGACAAUUUCAGAUGGGCCAGAGUAUACUAUAUAUCUUCACGCAGAGAUAAAAAAACCACUUUAUCAUUUUUCGUGUAUGAAUUAUGACUUUGGAAAAUGUAUAGUAAACGCGCCAGAUUCAACUUACAAAAAGAAUUUGGCAUUUGUUAAUGAUGAUCAAGAUCCCAUCAUAAUUGAUAUGAAUUUUUCAAAUCUACCAGAAUUGUUUGUUGACUACCAUCAACUUCCGGAAAUACAGCCUGGCAAGCGAGUGAAGUUUUCUAUUUUCUUUAGGCCUAAACAAGUACGGGAAUACGAGUUUAAAUUAAAAUUUUGGGUAAAUUCACUUUGUGAAGAAAUUGUUACUAUUAAAGGCGAAGGUGUACCUCUUCUUUUUGAUCUUUAUGAGGGCUGUCAAAAAAGUUUAGAGUUAGGACUCGUAAAAGUUGGCGAGAAAAUCGUGAGACAAAUUGAAGUGAUGAACCACAGCAAAGUACCAAUUGAUGCGAGUUUUAUAUUUAGGGACAUGUACUCUGUUAUUGAAGAUACGACUUAUUCAGAAACAACUAGUGUUUGCCUUAGUCCUAGCGUAGUGAAUUUGCAAGCUACAGAUGCUGGACCCUCUCGAGUGCAAAAAUUACAAUGCUAUAAAGAUAAUAAAGUUCGGGAACAAAUUUCAAUGGAUACAGAAAAUGCACUAUCCUCCCUAAAGGUGGUACCCACUAAGUGCACCAUAAAACCACACAGAAAGGUUCCUUUAAAGAUACAGUUCAAACCUAUGGGCAUGAUAAGUACAUUAAAUGUUCAGUUAAAUAUGAAAGUUUUCGAGUUCGAAAGACCACUAGUGCGUUUAAGCGGAAGUGCUACGGGGAUGAGUCUAUGUUUCAGCCAAAAAUCAUUACAAUUUGGUCGUGUGCGAAAACGCGGAUGUAAGAUAUUAAAAGUGAUGUUAUUAAACAAAGGCGAUUUUGGAACAAGGUUUUGGUGGCAACCGCUAAUAUCAGACGAAUUUAUCAUAUCUCCAAUGCAGGGUAAUAUAGCUGCUCAUACAAAUGUAACUUUUACUAUAACAUUUAAACCCGUCAAUUAUAAUCCGUUUAUAAAAGUAUGGGCUAGUUGCAACGUUGAAAAUUAUAUGCCUUUGGAGUUAGCUAUGUAUGCAACCUGUGUGGAUAUAGGAACUAUGCAGAAUAAAACAUUGUACUUAGAAUGUCCAGUACGGGAAGUUCAAACUGAAUAUAUAACUGUCACAAACCCUUCGGACGAUAUGUGGUUGGUUUUAAGCGAAGUAUCUGGUGGACCAUUUGAAACUUUAAGAGAAUUUAAUAUAGAGCCUAACUCUACAUUUGACAUACCCGUUCAUUUUAAACCCAAAUCUAUAGGUAGACAUGAGAGCCAGGUACUGUAUUCGCCGUUGGGCGAAAGUGCACUAUUCAUUACGCUGGUUGCAGUAGCUUCACAUCCAAAUCCAACAGGGAAUAUAACAUUCAGUGUUCCCGCAAAAGAUUUACACACUCAAGAACUACUUGUUUAUAAUAUUACGGAGAUUCCAGAGACGUAUAUUGUCACCACGGAAAUUGUGAGGAUCAUUCCGGAUAAAUUUGAAGGGUAUUAUGAAUUAAAAUACCCGGACAGUAUUAAAGUGUGGGGAGAAGCUGCCGCCACUUGUCGAUGGACAUUCGUUUGCUACAAUGAAUGUGAAAUGCAUUUAAAAGUUAUCUUUAUAAACGAGAUAACUCGAGAAUAUCAAUUCUACAACAUCGUAGCCACUGUUACGGCCAGCAAAAUCGUGGAUACACUCACGUUCGUGUCCCGUGCUCGUGAGGUAACACAGAGAGAAUUAAUAGUUACCAAUCCACUGGCUCAAGAUGCUGACUUCCGUAUAAGAUGCGAUAAAUUAAAAUGUCCUGAAUUUUUAAGGAUUCAUAGAAAUUCAGAGGCAAUAUUGACGUUGACAUAUGCCCCGUUAGUGGUUGGCACUAUUGAAGAUUAUUUGGAAGUGAAUAAUCAGCUGGUAGGAUCAUAUUUAUACAAAGUUGUGCUAACGUGUCUACCAGCUAAGGAAAAGAACUUAGAGUAUACUACUGCUUUCGGCACGUGCAUUCCACUGAGACUCCGAGUACAGAACAACACUGACGUUAGAGCUGACUUUGCGACUUCGAUUUCUCAUUCGUCGAUACAAGCUGAAAAAGAAUAUACGUUGGGUCCGUUCGAGAAAGGAAAAUUUUUGGUUUGGUUUGAACCAACACAGCUUGGAGUACAGAAUUGUAAAUUAUCAUUUAACUCAGUAGUAGCUGGAGAAUAUGUAUUUAAUAUAAAAGGUAAAACAACAAUCCCUAAACCUCAAGGACCUUACGAAAUAAAGGCAGGUGGAUAUACUACAAUCAAAUUUAAAAACGUGUUUGAAGAUAAUAGAAUCUUCAAGAUAUAUGUCGAUAGAGAAGAGUUUUACGUAAAGACGUUGUACGAACCGAUAAGGGGCAAAAAGGAACUAAAAAUUGCUGUGUAUCUAAGUGAGAAAUCACUGCAAGGUUGGACUGAGGCACUAACUGCUUGCCUUACAAUAGAAUGUUUCGAGCCAGCGGAACCGAAUGUAUAUUGGACGUAUUUUCUUCAAGGAAUUCCUUGAUCAUGUUUAUAAUGUUUAAAAAUAUACUAAAAUUAACAUAGUAA